GAAAGAAACAAAGAAAUGGUCCUUUCAAGAUUUCCAAGAUUGUCCAAGAACCUCCCGCUCUUGUCAUUCGUUGUGGCCUCUAGCGCCUUGAGUUUCCAGAUCCUCGUGCUAUACCCAUGGCACAUGGAGAUUGAUCGCAGCCACCAUCAACUCGCCAACAAGAUUGAGGAGCUCACAAACGAUCCGAAGAGGGCACUCAGCAGACCAAACUAUGACCAGGUCCUCAUAGGAGGAAACACGGCGGCGUCCACCCUACCCGCCGCAUCAUCCCCAACCAACAACACUUUGCAGAAUCUAGCGGCUAAGCUAGGUGGUGGCACCAAU